AUGAUGUCCCUAAUAGCAAGAGAAUGUUUCAUUUUCCAAUUACCUAGGUUUCAGUUAUCGUUGUUGUUGGAACUUGGAAGACACCACAUAUUCCAUGCAAUCUGGACUUCGAACUUCGACAUGCACAAAACUAGGUUUCACAAAGUGCACAACACACGAUUAGAAUUUGCGUUUCUUUUGCCCGGUUUUGUUCUCGGUGCUUUUCGAUUUAUGGGUUUCGAGAGUUUAAGGUAUUAUCCUUGUUUGCAUGAGCACGUCUCUUCUGAGGAUUUUAAGACCAUGGGUAGAGGUAGAGGAAAGGGUAAAAAACUGACUGUUAUCAAUCAUGAGGAUCCUGCAAGUGGGGAGGAUGAAAAAGUUCCCAUGCAAAAGAGAAGAGGGAGACCACAGAAACCGCUAAAGGAUGAGUUUGAUGAAGAAGAAGAAAUAGAGAAAAUAGAAGAUGACAGUGACAACAAUGUGAAGAAUGGAAUCUCUAACAAAGAGAUGAAAAGUCCCACUGCAACUGAAAAUGGAAGGAAAAGGAAGAGAAGCUCACAGGUGAAAGAGAAAUUAGACUCAGUUGAGGAAGAAAAUGGCAUUGGCAAUGGAUCAAGCAACACUGCUGAGUUGACAAAGUCGAAUGGUUUUAGGCAUAAUGGAAGCAGGCGCAAAAGCACACCUCGUCGAGCUGCUGAAGCAGGUGUGCAAUGCAAGUAA